AUCUGAUGGAUUAAAGGUCCCUAUUGUAUUGCAAGGGGGGCAUGUAGGGGCCGGUGGAAUGGGCCUGCUGGCCCUUUAAGGGAGCAGUAACACACACACACACACAGAGCAAAAGGGGGGGGGUAAGCUUUGAUUGCUUGCAAAAUCCCAAUAUCUCUCCCUGCUUUUCUUUUUUACAAACUGAUCCUCCCCCCUUUUCUAAGCAGUGUUUGCAAAAAAAAAAAAAGGGGGGGGGUUAAGAAAAAAAAACCGAAGGAAAAACAUCCUUUGCAACCUGUGGAUCUGUUUUGUUUUAUUUCAUGCUGGUUUUUCCAGGCCCCAAAGCAGGGAUGUAGGUUUCAGCGGAAGCCUCCUCCAGAUCACACCCACUCCUCCCACCCCAGGCUUGGGAGUAACAGGCACCUCGGAGGCCCCACGAGCUGCGCAUCCAUGAGCUAGGGGAAAGGAAGGGCCGCCUUCCCCCCUGCCCCCUUGCCAUGAGACAGUGAUGGAUCAGAACACCUUCUCCCACAUCCAGCUAUGGUGCCCGCGGCCUUUCGGCACCUACUCCCAGAACAAGCAGUGCCCUGGAGGCCAGGUGAAGAAGACCUUUGGGGACUUUGCCUGCAAAGCCAAGGAAGAAGAAGAUGACAGCGGCGAGGCCUGCUCCGAAAACACGCCCCCUGCCCCGCCGCCUCCGCCCCCGCCGCCCCCCACGGUCUCCCCCAGCCCCAGCCAGGUGGAGGAGGGCCGGGUGCUCUUGGACACGUGGUACGUGAUCAAGCCGGGAAACACCAAGGAGAAGAUUGCCUUCUUUGUGGCCCAUCAGUGCAGCAGCGGCAGCCGAGCCAGCGCCAUGAAGGUCAAGGGUAACUGGGGGAGUGACAGCUCCAAGGCCAAGCGGCGGCGGAGGUCCCACGACCCCGGUAAGAGCAAGGCCUGCCCGGUCAAGGCGAAGGACGCCGGCAGCAGCAGCAGCAAGGAAGCGGAGGAUGUGUGCCUUUGUCCGGAGUCCCAUGCCGAGCCGGCAGGCGCAGACUCCACCGACCUGCUCUCGGUGGCGGAGAUGGUGGCCUUGGUGGAGCAGCGCACCGCCCUGGCGUUGCAGAACUACCCCAGGCCGAGCAUGCCGGCCGCGCCGCCGUCCCCCAUGGUCUUCGUGUCAGCGGAGCAGGAGGGCGAGGAGAAGAGGGCACCUUCUCCGGGCGGCAGCUCGGACUGCAGCCGGGUGGCGGAGGCGGUGGCCCACUUUGAGUCGCAGCAGCGGGAGCGGAGCGUCCUGCGCCCCAACGGCCUGUGCCGGGAGUCUCCCGAAUGCGUGGCCAACUCGCAGCACAGCCCCGGCGAGGUGCGCAUCGCCUUCCGCAUCUCCAGCAGCCGCGACCCGCGCUCGCCCACCGAGGGCGGCCAGGGCGCCCGCCCCAACUGCAUGUUCAUGAGCUGCGGCGGGUCGCCCACGGGCAGCGCCGCCCGCGCUAAGGACAAGAUCACAUGCGACCUCUACCAGCUCAUCAGCCCCUCGCGGGACACACUCCCCAACAACGUGGACUUCCUGCUGGCCAACGCCUCCCCGAAAGGGGCUGACGGGGUCGCCAGCGAGCCCCCGGACGUGGAGAUGACUUGCCGGGAGAGUCCCGGCGGCUCCGGCAAGCUGGACGCCAUCGCGGAGGGCGGCCGGGGCGGCGGAGAGAAGGCGGGAGGCCCCGCCGCCUCGGUGGCUCGCGACUGCGUCUCCGGCUUCCACGUCGACGUGGUGGUCACCGGCGUGGUGGACCAGUGCGUCUUCUUCGGCAAGGACAGCACCAAGAAUAUGAAGGAGGAGACGGUCUGCCUGACGGUGGGCUCGCCCACGCAAGAGGGGCUGUGCUCGGCGUGCGACGACCCGCCGCCGGGCCAGCUCUUCUUCCUGCACGCCCAGGUGCCUCGGCAGGAGGACGGCCGGGACGUGGACGGCGCUUUUCUGGACCCUGCCAGCGGCGGUGAGGGCGGCCUGGAGAGAGCCGACGGGCCCGGCCUGGAGCCGACGUCCGCGGACACCUCGCUCUGCCGCCUCUACCGCCACGUCUCGCACGACUUCCUCGAGAUCCGCUUCAAGAUCCAGCGUCUGCUGGAGCCCCGGCAGUACAUGCUGCUCCUCCCGGACCAUAUCAUGGUGAAGAUCUUCAGCUACCUGCCGACGCAGUCGCUGGCCGCCUUAAAGUGCUCCUGCCACUACUUCAAGUACAUCAUCGAGACGUUUGGCGUGCAGGCCACGGACUCGCGCUGGACCCGGGACCCCCUGUACCGCGACGACCCCUGCAAGCAGUGCAAGAAGCACUACGAGAAAGGGGACGUCUCCCUCUGCCGCUGGCACCCCAAGCCCUACCAUCACGACCUGCCUUACGGACGCUCCUACUGGAUGUGUUGCCGGCGGACGGACAAGGACACGCCGGGCUGCCGGGUGGGACUGCACGACAACAACUGGGUGCAGCCUUGCGACAUGCUGAGGGAGAGGGCGGCCCGGAGGGAGGACGGGAGGUGAGGGGCAGAGCCCGGUGGGGACGGGGGACGAGGCGAAGAAGAAGGAGCGCCUCCCCCUCUUCUCCGCUCUCCUCGGGUGUGCAAGAGGGUGUGGCGUGAUUGUGUUUUACAGGAUUUUUGUUGUGUUGAGGGUUGUUUUUUUCAAAAAAAAAAAUUGCAUUUGGUUGCGUUUCCCCGUUUGGGUUUGAUUUCUUGCCUGCCCCCAGUUACAGAAGGGGGGGGGGGCGCCAAAAAGCCAACGUAUGGGAAAGUAGAAACUAAAAUCUACGUCUAAGGAGGCACAGGGCCCCUAGAAAUGAAAAGGGAAAUCGUGGGUGGCGGGGAUUAAAACGAGCACCUAUCUUCUCUUCCAGCCAUUGCAGCUCAUCUCCAGGUUUAAGGGAGGGGAAGGGUUAACCUGCAGACCUCCAGGCAUUGUCCAACUCCCAUCAUUCCCUUGGCUCUCUCUGGAGGGCAGCAAGUUUCUGGUCACUGGUGUAGGGAGAUGAUGUGAAAAACCCUUGAGUUGCCUCUGUCCCACCCCUGUUUUUGAAAAAUAGGACCUUUCCUGAGCUUCCAGAUAUCUGGGGAUAUUUGCUCUCCUGACGUGACGUCGCUGGUGGUACCCAUGCAAGGCUCGCAGAACCAUUUGUGUCCAUCCUUGUGUCAAUCAAGGAUGCAGCCUCACGGCUGACUGUAGGAACCAGAGGCAAAGUGUGCUGCGGUUUCCUGGUGGCAUACUUGCACUGUCCUUUUUAAAAAACCAGGUACUCAAACCCUUUAGGGCAGCAGAGGGAUUUCCUCUGUGCCCUUGCAAGAACUCACUCCUAGGGAGGGUAUUCUGAGGCAGCCCAGAGAGCAAAACCGGUCCGGUUUCCCCCAUUGCCACGGGAAAACUGUGCUUGUUUCUUUAAAGCAUGCUUCCCCAACCUAGUACCCACCAGACAUUUUGGACUACAACUCCCAUCAGUCACCGCUGUAGUCCAAAAACAGCUGGAGGGAACCCCUAUUGGAGGAAGACUGCUUUUAAGACACAGCUGUUUCCUUACAAUGAAUAAACCUUGAUUUCCCAAGUUGCAAAUCUUGGCUUUGCUUCCUUCUUCCUCCACACCCCAAAUCCGGGCCCUUUGCUCCUCAAGUCCAGGCAUAGGCAAACUUCAUACCCUCCAGAAGUUUUGGACUACAAUUCCCAUCAUCCCUGACCACCGGUCCUGUUAGGUAGGGAUCAUGGGAGUUGUAGGCGAAAGCAUCUGGAGGGCCAAAGUUUGCCUAUGCCUGCUUAAGUCCAUGUUAAGAGCAAAUAGGACCCUGCUUCCCUGUUUUGAGGGUCAUUUAGGCCAGUGUUUCCUGACAAUCUUGGGUUUUUGGACUACAACUCCCAUCAUCCCUAGCCAGCAGGACCCAGUGGUCAAGGGUGAUGGGAAUUGUAGUUCCAAAACAGGUUGGAGACCCAAGCUGUUUUGGGAAACAUUGAUUUAGACCUCUUGACUUUGGCCGCGGUUCUCUCCCUCGUUCCUGCCAAACCUCCUACAGCCGAACCACCUCUCCUGGGUCUGCCUGUGCCCUCUGCAAACCUGUCGCCUCGCUGGGGGAACCUUGUGCCCCUGCUCCGUCAGAGAGAGACCUUCCUUUAUCCCCAGAUCCCUGCCAUUUUGAAACCCUUCCGGGCACUGUGUGCUCUGGGAUCGCAUGCAACCCUUCCGGAUCCCACAAAUCAGGCCUCCAUUCUGCUACCUGGCUGCUCGCUCUGUUUGCAAGGGACCUCGGGGCAGGUGGAUGGAACAGCCACAAAAUAAUCCCGAGUCCUUUUUACAAGUUGGAGAGGAACGGCGCUGAAAUCGCAUCGUUCUAGGAAGAAGGCAAAGGGCGUCUCUGCCAGAAAACCCUCAGCAGCCGUGUUCGAACCAAUCUGGGGGUUCCCUUCACCCCCCUCCCAAAAGCCAAGGAACCACUUUAAAAAACAGAGUUACCUUUGUGGCAUAGUUCCCAGUCCCAGACACCUGCUUGUGAGCUGCAAAAGAACAAAACAUUUGGUUCCGAGAAUAGGGGUUUGUUUUAACUGGAAUUUCCAAUCCGAGGUCUGCUAGCGCUAGGAGAAAACAUAUCGCUGUCUGCCUGCUGAAUUGCACUAGCAAGCAAGGGGGCGGCAUGUUGCUUUGCCUAACAGUCAAGCCCAGCAGUGGGGAAGGACGACGGAAGAGGAAGGGCCCCACACCGUGCAACUGUGGUUUAUGUUUGCCCGCAAUUCGCUGCAUGUCUGACGGCCCCACGGCAGGGUGCUUCUGCCCCCCCCCAAAAUAAAAAUCAGGAGAGGGUUUCAUCGCCCAGACAUAUCACCUCCGUCUGCCUUUGAUGCCCAGUGCAUCGUCUUAGGGCUACAAACUCUCAUGUUGUCUUAAGGGCUCUGUUUAUGACUUCUGGGGCUCCACCGGGUUUGGGGGACCUUGUUCUCUGCCAGGGCCCUGGGCAGGUAGGUCAGACCCCCUUCCGUACCAAAGAGAGGGCUUCCACCUGACUUUUUACGUGGCCCCUUCACCUCGUCCCCAGCCACUGUAAUGGGACGGAGAGAACCCAUUCUGCAGCAAAGGAAUUUUCCCAACCUCCCUGAAUACAGGAAACGCCCAUUGAGGAGUUUAUACUCGUCUGUGCAAGGAGAUUUGAUCUCUGCUGGGGAGCAGCGCUCUCUGUCCUGCACCCCACAGCUCUGUCCAGCUAGAGACCAAGAAUUGUAUUGAGACUCCCACCCUGAUCCCGUUGUUCAAUAGAUCAGCUUGGAUUUUCUGGAGAAAAGCUGGCGGUUUCCACUGAGCUGUCCAGUCCACAGAAAACAAAAGACUUCCAUGCGCCUCCCUAGUCCUCUUUUGAAAGUCUCAGCUGGGCUGUUGGCUCCCAUAAAUUUUCCCCAGACUGUCCUCGUCCCAGAUUCCAUACAGGGCAGUUCUUGCUGCUUUUAAUAUUUCCGCAGGGGAGGCAGUCGCAAGAGCCGUCGCUUGUCCCCAAGGCUGGCCCGGCAGAAGGUGCAGCUAUGAAAAUUCUCCUGUACAGCUCUGCUGCUUUACGGAUUCUGUGUCAACCUGGAAUCCAUGCAAGAGCUUCGCUGCCCUCCCUAGACACAGCCAUCCUUAAGGGGCCCUAAAGAUUCGUCCUUCCACAUGCCACCUUUUAAGAAUGUCACCCUCUUAAAAUAUGUGCACACACACCCCCACCCUCCAAAUGUGUGCACACACACUACAACCCAACCCAAAUAUACACCUGCCCUAAAUUUUGGGUGGUUUUUAGCCAUCUAUCUCAUCCUACCCGCCGCCCACCGAAAAAACCUUGCUCAUUUCUCUCCUCCCACCCAGAACUCAAUCAGGGCUCGCUCCGCAGUCUUCCCCAACCUCACACUUUGGUCGAAAAGUCUUGCCACCCGCACUGCUCCGCUGGCGAAGUGGAGUGCCUCCCUCAUCUCCUCCGGUCCUGUUCACACUGAUAUUUAUAUGCUUGUUUGUCUCUGUACAUGUGUGACAUUUUCAAAAAUGACUUUUGAGUGGAGGGGGGAGAGAGAGA